UUCAUUCUCACGACAGAGACCAUCAUGGCCGCUCUAACGCUGACGCCCAGGACCCGCCUGGCGGUGUGUCUUCUGUUGUUACUGACGGAGGCUUUCCUGGUGGCUUCGUCCCCUGCCCCUCCCGACCAGGACAGCCUGCAGCAAGAUCAAGACCUCUUAGAGGUUACAACCGACAAUCAUGGCCUCUUUAAAGAGACAUCUGAAGACAAGAACACCAGAGCGGACGACUCCAAGGCCGAUAUUUCUGAAGACAUCUCUAAUGGUACUUCCUCAGAGGAAGACGAAUCCAACGAGAACAACCCAAAUAACUUUAGGCAGGAAUUUAUUCUAUUGCCACGCGGCCAACGUUCCUUCUACAACAGUUACGAAGAUUAUUCUGACGAGACCUACGACUCCUUCGACAGCUUUGAUUACUACAGACGCUUUGGACGACGAUUUCCUCUUGUAUUAGAGGUUGUGUGAGCCACAGCCCUGGCUCCUGUGUUUCUGGGAUCAGUUCUUCUUGCUAUUGUGUAUCACCAGUGACGAGACUAAUGAGGGCUAUAUCACGCGUACAGAUUGUUCUUACUAUUUUCAUCGUUGAAGAUCUUGUUGCGCUCCAUAUCCACAAUUCUGCCGCUGCUACAGAAGCCAUGUCGACUGUCUGCUUUUCUACAUUGCUGCUGCCUUAUCUGCAAAUAUUCUCGAGUUUUGCUUUAAAUAAACGUUAUUAAAAUCACUUGCAAUA